AUGGCGACGUGGAUGGAUGCCAACGGCCUCGUGCUUCUCUCGGACGCUGGUCGCUCCAUGAACUUGACCCGCCACGCCUACGCCAUACUCCUCGACGGAGCACAGGCCAAGCUCUUGGACGAUCGGGACAAGGACCCUCUCGCCCAUUCGAUCGCGCUGCUUGUCGCUGCCGUCAUGGCCAUCUUCGCCACCUACAUAGCUCUUCGCUUGCAACGCGCUGUGCUUGCUUAUGUUGUGUACAUCAUCGUGCUCGGCGUCCUCUGCUUUAUCACGGGAAGCGACCCGUUCGCACCUCUUGCCGUCCUCGCCGCUAUCAGUCUCGUCGCGGUCCUCGCACGCUCAGAAGCCCACUUGACGCAUGUGCUCCUGCUUCCGUUAGCUGCGGGUCUUCGCGCCUUCUCCACGUACUGCCUUGACGGUCUACACACCAGCGCCACGACUCUUCUCGACGUCGUUGCGGACGCCAUAGGACUCGACAUGAGAGUUCUUCUCGUCGCCUUUGCACUCGGCAGCGUCGGCGUCUACUGCUGCAACGGUCGAUUCGCCCCGUGGAUCAAGAGCGUGUUUGUCUUUGUCUCUCUCACGGCCGUGCUCAGCGCGUGGCUCUCGGUCAUCUACGCGCUCGGUCUGGCGUGCCUCCUCUCGUGGUUGCAAAAGUUUGGGUGGGCGCUGCUGGCGUUGAUACUCUUCGUCGAGUUUGCGUUCGCCGCCAUGCCAGCGACGCCCGUGGUCAUGCUGCUUCGCGACGUCGCGCCCGUUGCAUCCAAGCUCGAAGUCCUUCUCAAGCGGCUUGCGGUCGCCAAGAAGAAUGGAUUUGAGAUCGACGACGGUCUUGUCUGCGUCUCCUGCGCCACACUUCACAGUAUGACGGCCACGAUCUGCGACGUGUGCGACGACGAGCUUCCGGACGACCAAGAGAAGCUGCGCAUCCUACUGCUGCGCAUUGAGCAAGCGUCCACGUCGAGUGCCAAGUCGCUGUCCUGCCUCGCGAUGGCCUUGAAUGUUCUAAACUGCGUUUGA